AUGUUGCUCUCAGGUCAGAAGCACGGCUUCGCAACCGUCGUCGCCUGCAUUCUCUGCUUCCUGGCUGGAACCGGUCUCGGCCAGCGGCCAGCAAACGCGUCGGUGUGUGACUAUUACGCACAGAAACGGUCCGGCACAAACACCAGCGACUCGCAGCAUGCCCUGGUCCGCCGCAUCGUGUCGCUCGCCUUCGAGGGCGGAUCCAAGCUCGAGGGCCUCCCGACACUGCUCACCGGCAUCCUGAGGCCCGGCCGGAUCAACGACGUCGACAUCUCCUUGCAAACAUACUUCAACGGGUCCAGGCCGUCCACCAACGUCAACAAUGCCGGGAUUGGCGUCAACUGGCUCGACGAUGGAGGGACUGAGAAGCUGGCCACGUACCUCGCCGGCGAUCAGGAGGAUCUCGUCUUCAGCAACAGCACUAACCAAUUCAAGCUAUUUGGAAAUUUUUUUGUCGUCUUCAGUCGUGUCUUUGGCUGCACUAUCCCGUUCCAGUCUCUCCCAAACACGUCCGGCCCGAUAUCACUUGCAUACGCUCACAAAUUCAUGAACCUCGACUACAACCAGCUAAGCUACUUCAUCACGCAGCUCACGCAAGCUGGCAUGUUCUACGGCUUCUCGGCCCAGGAUGCCGAGACGAUCAAGACGAGCCUGAACGCGCGGUACAACGUGCGGUGCGCACCCGCCGUGACCUUCUCCCAGGGCGGCACACCCCAGCUCCUCAGUCUGUGCCAGAACCCGACGUGUCCGCUGGCGGCGCCCGUGAGUGACUGCGACGCCUACAACAACCUGACGGCAAACGGGGUGCAGAACAGCAACCCCACCAGCAUUACGACAUCCGCGACAUCGUCGGCAACGAGCUCGACCUCGACCUCUUCCACACUAACCUCGUCGACCUCCACAGCUUCUACGACUGCGCCAGCUGCCGAGGCAAGCAAGAGCGACAGUAGUAGCAGCCUGAGUACAGGCACCAUCGCGGGCGUCGCCGUCGGGGGUGCCGCGGUUCUCGUGCUCGCCUUGGCAGUACUGCUCUUCUUCUUCAAGCGGCGGCGCGGCAAGACACCGCCGUCAACUCCAGCCGCGCCUGCGAGCAGCACCGCGGACUGGGCAGCGGGUCAGCAGGCGUUCUCGACGCCAACGCUGCAGCCGGGAUCGCCGUACUCUCAAAAGGGCCAGCACUUGUCGUACUACUCGCAAGGGACGGGCCCACCGCCGUCGCAGCAGGGCGACAUCAGCCGCAUCGGCAGCCCGCAGAUGGUCCAGCACGGCAGCUGGCAGCACCCAGUGGAGAUCGACACGUCGGACCACCACUUCACCGGGCCGCCUGUUGAGAUAGACAGCAGCGCAAAAGCACCCACCCCGCAGCCGAGCCCGGGGCCCGAUGGAGGACACCAACUUGGAUAUGGUGGAGGUCAAGGACCUGCGGCGCCGCAACAACCACAACAGGGGUAUGGAGGACAACAGGGGUAUGGAGGACACCAGGGAGAGGGCUACGGGUCCCAGUACCAGGCGUACCGCCCGCAGUAG